AUGUCCAGUCAAGAAUUUCAAUGUAAAAGUGAAAGUCCUGACAAGUCACCGGAAAUGUCCAGUCAAGAAUUUCAAUGUAAAAGUGAAAGUCCUGACAAGUCACCGGAAAUGUCCAGUCAAGAAUUUCAAUGUAAAAGUGAAAGUCCUGACAAGUCACUGGAAAUGUCCAGUCAAGAAUUUCAAUGUAAAAGUGAAAGUCCUGACAAGUCAACGGAAAUGUCCAGUCAAGAAUUUCAAUGUAAAAGUGAAAGUCCUGACAAGUCAACGGAAAUGUCCAGUCAAGAAAUUCGAUGUAAAAUAAUGAAUGCUGCAAUUUUUAAAUACUAUAGUAUCCUGAAAUGUACAUUAAAUGCUGACUUUUUGGAACAGCUAGAUACUGACAACAUUAUUGAAGUCUUCAUGGAAAAAAUUCGACAUCUCGUCUAUAAUGAAUGGAAGGAAGCAACAAAAGCUGAAAUAUUUGAACUCGUUAAUGAAUGGAAGGAAGCAACAAAAGCUGAAAUAUUUGAAAGUAAGUUUAUUUUGUUUUCUCUUCAUCCUUUAUUUUUGCUCUGA